AUGGAAGUUUCACCGGGCAUUCAUCCUCAACCCUCGCCCAAUCCUCACCAUCGCAAGAUCGAGCUCCAGUCAAUUCAAGAUCUUACAUAUCUACAACAAAACCUCUGCGCCUCUGCGCGUCAGAAACUCGACCUCCACUUCCCCCCUUCGGCAUAUCGCUCGCAAACAAAAUCACAACCAGCAACAUUCAUAUCUCUCGACGGCGUGCGGCCCCCCAAUAUCUCGGAUAAUAGCAAUCCUACCAACCCCGUCACCAGCAGCCCCGAGUCCGAUCGCAAACGAAAACGAAACCAAGAAGACACUGGAGAGGAAGAUGAUGCAGAACACGACCCACUCCGCGCCCGAGUCAAAUCGUUAGUUGACGCCUUCAUCUUCCGCACAUGGACGUCGGCAGCGCAGAACGUGACUGUGAACGGGUUAGAUGCGGAACUACCUGUUUCACCAUCCCAGAGCACCCUGACGCAGGGCACCGGUACUGCCAAAGAGUCUUCCGCUCCAGCGCCUGAGCGGGAAGGUAUUGAUUUUACAUACGAGUCAUACGACAGCCGGUCUCAGUUGAAACUCGCCAGUCUGUACGGGGAGCUGGAGUUGUUGACCGCGCAGGUCAGCAAAUUACGGAGGACGGCGCCAGCGCAGGGCGCAAAUGCCUAUGCUAUGGCACUGAGGGCGGAAACUGACAAGGACGAAGCCGAGUACGAAGCCCAGCGUGAUUCAACUGAUACAGGGCCUUCAAAGAACGAGAUGCUCAACCAAAAUGAUGUGUGGAAUGUGCUUGGCUUGAAGCCGUUAAGAAACGGUUGGCAAGACGAUGUGCAAACAAAUUAUUCACGUGCAGUAGGAGAGUUGGCAGGGCUGGCCGGAGUAAAGAAUGAUCCAGAAACCACGGCCACAGAACGCUGGCGUGCUGGUCCCAGUCUCACGGGAACGGUGGGCAAGGUUGAACGUGCAAGGACUGUGGCCAUGGAAUUUGAGUGA